AGGGGUGCUACAUGAGGGGCCGCAGGGGCGACCGCAUGACCAUCAAUAUCCAGGAGCACAUGGCCAUCAACGUGUGCCCAGGGCCCAUCCGGCCCAUCCGCCAGAUCUCGGACUACUUUCCCCGCCGGGGAACAGGACCCGAAGGGGGUGGUGGUGGCUAUGGGGAGGGUCCUGCUGGUCUGGCCCCCCUGGCCCUGGCCCCCCCUGUGGCCCUUCUCGGGGCCACCACUCCCGAGGAUGUUGCGGAGGUGGACAGCUAUGACUCCGAUGAUAGCACCUCCUUGGGCACGUUGGAGUUUGACCUUCUGUAUGACCAGGACUCUUGCAUGCUGCACUGUAGUAUCCUCAGGGCCAAGGGCCUCAAGCCCAUGGAUUUUAAUGGCUUGGCUGACCCCUACGUCAAGCUGCACCUGUUGCCUGGAGCCUGCAAGGCCAAUAAGCUCAAAACUAAGACUCAGAGGAACACGCUGAACCCCGUGUGGAACGAGGACCUGACUUAUAGCGGCAUCACGGACGACGACAUCACCCACAAGGUGCUCAGGAUCUCCGUCUGCGAUGAGGACAAGCUAAGCCACAAUGAGUUCAUCGGGGAGAUCCGGGUGCCACUCCGCCGCCUCAAGCCUUCCCAGAAGAAGCACUUUAACAUCUGCCUUGAGCGCCAGGUCCCGUUGGCCUCCCCCUCUUCCAUGUCGGCAGCACUGAGAGGCAUCUCCUGUUACCUGAAGGAGCUGGAGCAGCUGGAGCAGAGCUCAGGGCUGCUGGAGGAGCGUGGACGCAUCCUGCUGAGCCUCAGCUACAGCUCCUGUCGCCGGGGGCUGCUAGUGGGCAUCGUGCGCUGUGCCCACCUGGCCGCUAUGGACGUCAACGGUUACUCGGACCCCUAUGUCAAGACGUACCUGAGGCCAGACGUGGACAAGAAGUCCAAGCAUAAGACAUGUGUGAAGAAGAAGACCCUAAAUCCAGAGUUUAAUGAGGAGUUCUUCUAUGAGAUUGGGCUCUCAGCGCUGGCUGCCAAGACCCUGGAGGUCACGGUGUGGGACUAUGACAUCGGCAAAUCCAACGACUUCAUUGGUGGUGUGUCCCUGGGGCCAGGUGCCCGCGGGGAGGCCCAGAAACACUGGGGUGACUGCCUGCAGCAGCCAGAUAGAGUCCUGGAGCGCUGGCACACCCUGACCAGUGAGCUGCCCCCAGCGGCUGGAGCCCUGACCUCAGUCUGA